GCACAGUAACGUGCUGUAGUGUGUGCGUGUGUGGUCAAAUCUGAAGACGUUGACAGAACAGAAGCGUCAUGGCUCCGCUCAAGUUUUGUGCCAACCUGACGUGGCUGUUCACGGAGCUUCCGGACUUCAGCCAGCGGAUCCACGCCGCCGCCGCGGCCGGUUUCAAGGCCGUGGAGGCUGCGUGGCUCUACGACUGUGAGCCGGGGGAGCUUCAGAGAGCCAGGGAGGACACAGGUGUGGAGGUGGUGCUCAUUAACACCCCGCCAGGAAAUUUAAAGGCAGGUGACCUUGGUUUGGCAGCAGUUCCUGGCAGAGAGACAGAGUUCAGACAGGGUCUGGAUGUGGCCGUGAACUACGCUAAAGCCCUGGACUGCAAGAGGAUCCACCUGAUGGCAGGGAGAGUUCCUGUGGAGUCACACAGGUCAGCGGUUGCCAAGGAGAUGGAGGCCGUCUUUGUCCGGAACCUGAGUUACGCCGCAGACGUCCUGUCAAAGGAAGGAAUCACUGGACUGAUUGAACCAAUCAACACGAGGAUCACUGAUCCCAGGUAUUUCCUGGACUCUCCUCAUCACGCAGCUAAGAUUCUGGAGAAGGUCGGAAAACCCAACAUCCAGCUGCAGAUGGACGUUUUCCACUGGCAGAUAAUGGACGGCAACCUGACUCAGAACAUACAGAAGUAUUUACCUUUAAUAGGUCACGUUCAGGUCGCUCAGAUUCCAGGCAGGAACGAGCCCGACAGCGACGGAGAGCUCAACUACAACUACCUAUUCAACCUGCUGGAGAGACUCAACUACCAGGGAUACAUCGGCUGUGAAUACCAUCCUCUGUGCUCCACAGAGGAAGGUCUGGGAUGGAUCAAAAAUUACUGGACAUGCAGCAAGCAGUGAUGGGAUCUCCUGACUGUUACACUGAUUUAAACACAAAAAAACCCCAACUUGCAUUGGAUUCCAUUCAUUUGGGCAAACCUAAAUAAAACCAUUUUUCCCUAAGUCCAUUCAUAACCAGUUCAUUAACCAAACCAGUUCAUCAGAAAUGAGCCUCUGCCUCACCAGGACCAGGUUUUUGGUCUCCAUGUGGACGGCUGGUCUUGACAAGAUCAAAAAAAAGUCCUAAAUACAACAAACGUUUCCAGCCAGACUCACGGAGUCUAUUGCUGAGUUGUAGUUUUUACAAACACCAGUGCAGAACCCGUUCAGUAUGUGCUUGGUUUUUGUGUAUUUUUAUGUUUUUGGUGUGUUUGAAAGUUUGCUGACAUACAGACGUUCACGCAGGAUGCUGUGCUUUGGGGCUUGGGGAGGUGCAUGCACUGUGAGUGGCAUUGUUAGCGAUAUAUAUGUAUAUAUAUAUACAUAUAUAUAUCUGUCACAUUUCUUAUCCAAGCGACAUCAAAGUGGGCAGCGCAAACACUGGUGCUCUGAGUAAAUCCCCUGCCAAGUUUUAAGUCUGUCAAAUGACUUGUUGGACAGUUAUGGGAUUAUUAAAUGUCUUUAUUAGAUAAAUGGUGACCUCGUACUGAACUACAACCUGGUACUUUGACCUUAAUCUGCUCAAAACAGGAAUAAUCUCAUUUUCUACGUUUAGAAUGUUGCAUAUUAGACCUUUAAUGGGGAACUUUAUGGGUUGUAAUUGAAUUUUAAAUUGUGUAAUUACUGUUUUUGAUGUUCCGCCUUGUGAUGCACUUUUUUAAUGAAGGGUUCUAUAAAUAAAGUUACUAUUUUUAUUAUUA